AUGUGGCCCGAGACCCCGAGUGAGGCAUGCCGUCCUAUCGCGGGGUCUCCGUUGGACCCCUCGUUUCAUCCCAUCUGUUGUGACAACUCUGGGACCGUCAUCUUACCCCUCCUCCACUUUCGCGUGUACCCCGCAGCAGCUCAGGACCCCUUCGAUCAACACGACACCCCCCGACCCCUUGUGCCUGGGGCCGCGACAACCGAGAGUUGGUCUAAUUGCAUCAUCUCCCCAUACCUGUUAUAA